AUGGAAAUUGAUGGAGAAAGAAAAAGUGUAUUAAAGGCAUAUUUACAGAAAUUGAAAACAUACGAAGCAAAAAAAGAGGCAUUAGAAAAAAUAAAAGAGACAUUAAAAGUGAGUAAAGAGAAUAUGGUCAGAAAUGAAGAAAUGUUAUUAUCGUUACAAGCUAUAGGGAUGUCAAUUGGAGAAGUAUUAAAAUGUUUAAGUGAAGAGAAAUAUAUUGUUAAAGUAUCACUAGGACCACAUUAUGUAGUUGGAUGUAGAAAUAGUAUAGAUAAGAAAAAGAUAACACAAGGGACACGAGUUGCACUUGAUGUAUCAACUAAUACUAUAAUGAAAAUAUUACCAAGAGAAGUUCAUCCAGGGGUAUAUUCGAUGACAGUAGAAAGUCCAGGGAAAGUCAAAUAUGAAGAUAUUGGAGGAUUGAGAAAUCAAAUGAGAGAAAUAAGAGAAGUAAUUGAAUUACCAAUGACAAAUCCAGAAUUAUUUGAAAGAGUAGGAGUUAAAGCACCAAAAGGAGUAUUAUUAUAUGGACCACCAGGAACAGGAAAAACAUUACUUGCAAGAGCACUUGCAAGUAAUUUAGAAUGUCAAUUUUUAAAAGUAGUUGCAAGUGGAAUUGUAGAUAAAUAUCUUGGAGAAAGUGCAAGAUUAAUUCGAGAGAUGUUUGCAUAUGCACGAGAUCAUCAACCAUGUGUAAUAUUUAUGGAUGAAAUAGAUGCUAUUGCAGGAAAAAGAAUUGCAGAAGGAAUACAUAGUGAUAGAGAAAUUCAAAGGACAUUAAUGGAAUUAUUAGCACAAAUGGAUGGAUUUAAUGAAAUAAGUAAAGUAAAAAUUAUUAUGGCAACAAAUAGACCAGAUGUUUUAGAUCCAGCAUUAAUGAGACCAGGAAGACUUGAUAGAAAAAUAGAAAUUUCACUUCCAAAUGAUCAAGGAAGAAUUGAAAUUUUAAAAAUUCAUUCUAAAAAGAUGAACAUUAAAGGAGAAAUUGAUUAUGAAGCAAUGGGAAAAUUAACAGAAGGAUUUAAUGGAGCAGAUUUAAGAAAUGUCUGUACAGAAGCAGGAAUGUUUGCAAUUAGAGAUGAUAGAGAUUAUUGUCUUGAAGAAGAUUUUUUCAAAGCAAUAAGAAAACAAUCAGAUGCAAAGAAAUUAGAAAAUCAAUUUGGUGAUAUUAAAAUUUAA